AUGGCCGAACGACCUGGCGAAGGCUUUGACGGAGUAGCCGCCCCUCCAAAUCACACAGAAGAGGCGGCCCCUCCAGUCAAGGCUACACAAGAUACUCCCGGUACGGAUGCUGAUGCAAAGACCGUGCUGAGCAGAAAAACCUUUGCAUGCCUUGCAGCUGCUUACACGGUGGAGGGUGUAGAUUCCCAGCUCCUUAGCACUUGUCUCUUUGCCUUGCAGAGAGACAUUGAUCUUACUCUCCACCAAAUUGCCAUCCUCACUACGGCCCAGAUGAUCUUCGCAAACCUCGCAGCCCCAUUUUGGGGCAUCCUGGCUGAUCGACAGGUGCUGCGGCGUCGGUCAAUCCUCGCCUUUGGUUGCAUCGGUGUUGGCUCCGCUGUGACCGUCAUGUCCCUCGUGUCCUCAAUGCUGCCACUUGUUUUCCUCCGUGCGAUGUGCGGCUUCUUCCUGGCCUCGCUCAAACCAGUCAGCAUAGGCCUCGUGGCAGACUUGACGCCUGAGCAUGAUCGAGGCAAGAUCUUUGGGCAGCUACAGAGCUUCUUUAUGCUCGGGAUGUUGCUUACCACGUUGUUUGGUGGGAACGUGGCCAACAUCUUCAUUGCAAGCCUCGCAGGCUGGCGUGUGCUCUUCUUCGUUACCGGUGUACUCACCUACGGAGUUGCUGCCGUCUUGGCCAAGUGUAUGGUGGAACCUCCACAGAAGUUCGAGAAGCCAGUCGACUCCGGCGGAGUUUGCAAGACAGUGAGGGAGGAACUUUGGGCGGUGCUACGCUUCCUGACAAUACCGUCUUUCAGCAUUCUAGUGCUGCAGGGCAUUUUUGGGAGCAUUCCGUGGAGUAUCAUGGGAAACAACCUGCUCUAUUUCAAGCUGGCCGGCUUACAGGAUUGGGAGUCGUCGAUUCUGACGGCAGAAUUUACAGCCGCUGGGAUGCUCGGCGCUCCCCUGGGCGGCUUUGUCGCAGAUUCGUUAGCACGUCGCUUGGGCUACCACGGCCGGCCGUUGAACGCACAGGUCACUGUGGCUAUUGGAAUUCCUUUGAUGUACCUGCAGUUCUACGGGGUGCCUGCUGGGGAGGGCACCUUCUGGGUGUACUUUGCGAUCAUCGGAUCCUUCGGAGUCUUUGCAACCUGGGCUGGGAUCGGCACAAACCUUCCCAUCCUCUCCGACAUCGUGCCCGCCGAGCACCGCUGUAAGGUGAUGGCUUGGGAGGGCGCUUUGGAGAGCAGUACUGCGGCUGCCAUUGGGCCGGUGAUAGUGUCAGUUUUGGCACAGAACCUGUUCGGUUACCACUUCGGUGAGGAGGGCAACGCUAGCAGCACAUUAGACUCAGCCACUGCCCUUGGGAAGGCCAUGGCAGCAACCAUCUGCAUUCCAUGGAUCUUUACAUUUGCUGCCUACAGCCUUUUGCAUUGGAGUUAUCCAAGAGACCUGCGACGUUUGAGGGAGCAGCGCAAGGCUGGAGAGGUCGAGCAGAUCCAGAGCAACAUAGCGUCCACCAAUGUCGACCACUUGUGA